AUAUUUCACUGGCUCUUUGGUCUUCCUAUUCAGUUCUCUCUACUUGGCAUUCACAACAUUCGAUAAGGCUACUGAAGGAAGACGCCUGUCUGUAUUUUUGGGUGCUGCCUUCUCCAUGGGCGUGUCGAUCACUCCGUGGGUCAUGCGAGUCUAUGCGAUUGACCAAAGUGUUCUUAUCACUGGGUUUUUGAUAACCGCCGUUGUAUUUACUUGCUUCACUCUGGCGACUAUAAUGAGUGACUCUGUUCUCUACAUUUCAGGUCCUUUGGCUUCACUUUCUUUGGUUUCCCUCGGGCUUUUUGUGAUGCAGUUAUUCAACCGUAGUGUUGUUCUUAACAAGGUUGUGUUUAUUGUUUGUUUUUAGAUGCAUUUGUAUCUCAUUCUUGUGAUUGAUUCUCUGUUUGUCAUUUUUGAUACUCAAGUCAUUAUUUAUAAACGAGUUCGAUUUGGAGAUAAGGAUUACAUUUGGCAUUCGCUUGAGUUGUUCCUCGACUUUAUUCGUCUCUUCAAAACGGUCGUCACGGUUCUCCUACAAAAAAGGUUUCGGUUUUUUGAGUUAUUUCGUAGGGAGAAAGACGAGUAA